AUGAGCCGAAGAAAGGCAAAAGAGAGCGGAACUUCAGAGCUUUGUUGGCGGCACUUGCUUUUAUUGAAAUUUGAAAUUGUUACUAAAAUACCAAACACACAACAGUCAACACUCUCCUCUCAUAUCCAAUUACCAUCGAAUCCAUUUGUGCAUCAUAACAAGCAACAAAUGCUUCAGUUUUGUAUGCAAAUAACCGAAAUUAAAAAGAAAGAAAGAAUUGAUGUGAAUCCAUUAUAA